UCAGAGUUCUUUUGCGCGCCCGCUCUCUCUUCCUCAAUUCUUCGCUGUUUGUCUUCGUCGUCACAAUGGCCGGUGCUGUCUCCCCGUCUAGCUCGCUACCUCUAUCUACCAGCACGUCUUCCCAUCCCCGGUCGUCCGCGGAUGACACGAUUGCUGUAUUUCCGACAUUGCUGACCAGAGUAAUUGCAACCACGUAUAGGACACUCAUCCGCCGAAAUGCUGUCUACCUGACAUCUAUCUUCGUCGGUGCUUUCGCUUUCGAAGUUGCCUUCGACACCACCACCAACAAGCUCUGGGACACCUGGAACCGUGGCCGUCAAUGGAAGGACAUCAAGCACCAGUAUCUCACCAAGGCUGACGAAGAGGAUGACGAGUAAAUACGGCUCGGAGGUCGACUACCAAACCGAAAAUGCUACGAUAACUUGGGGACGCCUAGGCCUGAUCAUAUACACCGAUACGUGGGGGCGGAUGUGCUAUAGUACGGGUGCUUGUAUCAAAUAGAACUUUGAAUUUUGUGACCUGACAUUAAUCUACC